CUUUAAGCGAAACAACUCGCACGAGCGAGCAAUCAAAGUCUUUCCGCUUUAAUAGGCACGAUUUUCAGGCAUGUGAGUAAACGCGCGUGACGUUCGCUGACAGGGACACUGUCUUUGUUUUAUUUUUAUUUUUUUGUUGUGUUUGCUUGUUUGCCUUAGUGCCACUAACGUGGCUUGUUUCGUUCUCAUGGAUGGCAUUUGUGUUGUUGCACUUGUUAUGCUUCUAACUUCUUCUCACGGCUGUGAUGGGGACCUGCGCUUUGCUUCUUACUAUGGAGACCACAUGGUUUUGCAGAAGUCUCCACAGAGAGCUGUUCUUUGGGGAUAUUCUGGUUCAGAGGGGGCAAAGGUCACCGUCUACCUGUCAGGACCAACCAAACGGAAGCCCUCAGUGGCCUCAGUCACAAAAGGCCUUUGGCGAGUCACCCUUGACCCUGUGGAUGCCGGCGGCCCCUACUCGGUGACCGCAGCCUCUCAGAACAGCACGGCGGCUCUGACGGAUGUCAUGUUUGGAGAUGUUUGGCUGUGCGGAGGCCAGAGCAACAUGUUCUUUAGUACAUCACAGAUCUUCAAUGCAUCUGAGGAGCUGGCACUUGCAGCUAAGUAUCCUGAUGUGAGGACCUUCAUGGCGGCUUUGAGAAUGAAUGAAACUGAGCUGAUAGAUCUGAUCCAAGUGGAGCUGCCCUGGUCGGUCCCCACAGCCAGGGUCAUCGGAGGGUUUUCCGCCGUGUGUUGGCUCUUCGGACGCUACAUGUACGACAAGUUGAAGUACCCCGUAGGACUGGUGGAGUCCUGCUGGGGGGGGACUCCGGUGGAGGCCUGGUCGUCCCCGAGGGCCUUGCAGCACUGCGGGCUGGAGCGAAGCGAGGACAGUCCGAAAGAGAAAAAUUCCGUUUUAUGGAAUGCGAUGAUCCACCCCCUGCUCAACAUGACCAUCUAUGGAGCCGUCUGGUAUCAAGGUGAGGCAAAUGCCGAUUACCACCAGGACAAGUACAACUGCUCAUUCCCUGCUAUGAUUGACGACUGGAGGAUGGCGUUCCACCUGGGCUCCGGGGGGCAGACGGCUCUGGACUUCCCCUUUGGGUUUGUCCAACUGUGCACCUACAAAAACAGCUCCACAGACGACGGCUUCCCAGAAAUCCGCUGGCACCAAACGGCCGACGUGGGUUUUGUCCCCAGCCCCCGGAUGAAGAGAACCUUCAUGGCGGUGGCGCUCGAUCUGCCGGAUGAAACCUCGCCCUACGGCUCGAUCCAUCCCAGAGACAAGCAGGACGUGGCCCAUCGGCUGGCUGUGGGCGCCAGGGCCGUGGCUUACGGGGAAAAGGGCGUGGCCUUUCUCGGACCCUUCCCCGUACAAAUCCUGCACACUGAAGUGUUUAUCAGCGUUACGUAUGACCAACAAAUCUCUGUCACGGUGUCCGAAAACAUCUUUGAGAAGAUCUGCUGCUCGGGGAGUCGGCCUCCGUUCGGGCAGAGGAUACUCUGGGUUCCUGCUGCCAUCUUGAAGUGGGGUCCGACCACCAUCCAGCUCUCCACCUCUAACUGUCCGCCUCCCGAUGAAGUCACAGCUCUGCGCUACGCCUGGAGGGACACGCCGUGUGACUUUAAAGCCUGUCCCGUCUACAGCGCCACGGGGACUUUACCCGCACCUCCAUUCAUCAUGGGUCGAUAUCCAGACAGAGAAAACAUUUGGAAGAGCCAGAAGCAGAAAGUAGAGCAAAAUAAAGUGGUUUAAGAUCACUACGGUUCACUUUUGAACUAACUUGUUUUUUCAUUGUGGAUGUGUGAACGGUGCCUGAUAAGACGCACACCUACACAGCAAAUAAGCUCUUGUAUUUUUAACACUGACGAGUCAAAUAUCUGCUGCUAAAAGUGAUUCCACAAGCUUUUUGUAAUGAUGGUUUCACAUAAUACAUCAAAUUUCUUAGUUAUCUAGAGUAAUGUGUAAAAGGUAAAUGAUGUUCACAAUCUAUGCUGUUGACAUGCUGGACCGUCAAUGACAAAUGUAUCAAAUAAAAGAAGAACAGAAACGUUGUGUUAUUUUACUUAUUA